AUGCAGCUUGUAGAGUCAAUAUUAAAGACAACUCAGACCUUGGAUGAAAGGUGUUGUUCGGAUUUUGCACAACUUUUUGUGGUGAUGGCUCUUCAAGGAAAAAAGCUUUUCUUUGUCCCGAGUAUUGGACACAGUGAUUUGGUCUAUGGUGUCUCUGCUUAUUCUGGAGAAUUUCCGUAUGCCAGAUUGGUUUUUGACCAUGCCAUAUUGUUGCCUGCCUCCUUGUCUUUGGAGGCACAGCUUUUAUUGCUCGAUUCUCAUGAUCGAAGAGGCAGUAUUAUACUUUUUUCAUGUUCACUUUUGAUCGAGGACAGUGAGUUGGAGUCAUUUGUCGAUUUGCUACGAUCUCUGCACAUUUCUUUUCUUGCCUCGCAGAGGAUACUUUGUCAGACUUUGAAAGAAACUUUAUUUGAAAUGGACAUCGUGCCCCUGGAGCGUCUGUCAUUGACUCAUAGCAGUGUUGUACAAGCUGUAACAGGUGCUAUACCCUUUCAUAGUUUGUGUGAGUUUGUUGUGUGGAUGAAGUCCGCGGAGACGGGGAACGUAUCCAUGCACGUUGGAGAAGUAGAGAAAGUUGUUACCUUGAACGAUGGACGCAUUUGGAUUUAUGGAAAUGGGAAUAUUGCAACUGUAGUAGUUCCCAUCAGGAAUCCGUUUGCUGUGAAUGCCAUCAUAAGGGAUUGUGAGCAUGCGUCUCAUGUUGCCUGCGCCAUUCUCCGUGGCUUUGCAGGGCAGGAUCUGGAUUCCACUGGUGUGUAUGGAACUUUUUUUGCUGAAUAUUUAUAUCAUUGUUAUCUGCUUCAUUGUGAUAAAAACAAAUAUCAUCGAGAGAUUGUCGAUGUUUUACGAUUUACACUGCUUUCCCACACCUCAAAUACCGGGGUUCUACCGGAUGUUUUUUCUCACACAAUCUACUUGGAUCUGAGCAAGAAGGCGAUUGACGCAGUUUCUUCUGUCUCUGCUUGUUGUCAGCCCAAUAGAAAAAAAAGUGACUCAGCAGCUCUUGCGCAUGCUGCCAACAUAUUUGAAAAAGGGAAUACUGAGGGAAUUUGCCGGUUUGCGGAAUUAAUAUGGACAGCAGUCGAUAAUGCGUCAUUGUUGUUUCGUGUAAAAGAGUCAAUUUGA